CUUUUGAGCAUGCGCACAGCCCAAUGCGGUGUGGGACUUGGUGUGUUCUUUGACUGGUCCGGGUUUAAGUUUUCCUGCUGGUUAGGGAGCAGUUGGCAGUCUCAGAAGCACGGAUCCGAGGGGAGACAGGCCUUGUUCAGGAAAAGCCCCUUCGAAGGACGGCCAGGACCCCCCAUCCCAAGAAGAUGGCUCAAGAGCAGCCUUUGUUGGCUGUGCAGGAGGCUUUGAAGACGUGUUUCCCUGCAGUGGAGGAGCAGCAGGGUCUGUGGCAGAGCACCCUGCAGGACUGCUCACCCCUCCUCUCCUCUCUCAGCAACCUGGCAGAGCAGCUGCAGGCAGUGGAGAGUCUGCGGUUUGAGGAUGUGCCAGCCCUUCAGCCCUUUCCAGACUUACAGGAACGGCUGAGGCGCAAGCAGCUGGAGGCUGGCGACACUGUCCUGGACAAGCUAGGCGAGAGGCUAACUAUCCUCCUCAAGGUUCGGGACACCGUCAGCAGCCAUGUGGAGCAUGUGUUUAAGACUUAUGAGCAGCAUGCGGCCAUGCUUGGCAUAGAUGCUGUCCUGCAGCCCUCAGCUGUGAGCCCCUCUGUGGCCGACAUGUUGGAGUGGCUGCAAGACAUCGAUAGACACUACCGAAACUCGUACCUGAAGAGAAAGUACCUCCUCUCCUCCAUCCACUGGGGCGACUUGGCCAGCAUCCAAGCACUGCCCAAGGCCUGGGACCAGAUUUCAGAGGAGGAGCACCAAGACCUUGUGCAAGAUAUCCUGUUGAAUGUUUCCUUUUUCCUGGAGGAGCGAGGAGGCUGCACAGUGUCUGACCUGGAGCAGCACAGCUAAGGACUGACUGUCACCACUCUGUUAUCUCUGAGGAGGCAGCAGCACUGUACCUGACAUACCUGAAUGUCAAUGCCUGGAACCUCAGGCCUGGAGGGUUGAGUGGAUGCCCUGGGACUUCUCCAUAGUAGGUCAUGGCCAAGGGCGCAUGGGCUCUGCUCUUGUGAUUCUGGGAAGUGGAUGGAGACAGAGAGAAAACAGGAAAGGUAGCACUGAUAAGCAUAGUGCCAUCUCCGUCAAUAGGCCCCAAGUGAUAGGAAGGACAGGACAGGAGGGAAGGGGCCGUAACCGCCUCUGCAUCACAUGAAGCACCUAGUCUGUCUGCCUCAGGUCCUGACUCUCUGUCUGGCUCCUUGAAACGAGUAGACCUGGGACUGCAGGGUGGUGGCAGUGUGUGUUUGGCACACAUAAGGCCAUGGUUCAUUCCUCAUCACACACAAAAGCCAGGGACGAAAGGAGAGCAUUUAAAAUGUUUACUCCAUCACACUGUUGCAUCAAACCAAAGUCCAUUUCCAGAGCAGGCCACCAGGGGGCAAUGGUGCAACACAAACAGUUCUGGAUGCUUUGUCCUUGAGAGGUUCCCUGUUUCUCUUAGCAUCUGAGAGGAAGUAACUAUGAAUAAUGAGACCCCGCCCUCCCAAAGGACAAGGCUCAGACUCCCGUGGCCUUGCAUUGGCCACAUUCUUCCAAGCUUGGAGUGGAGUUUGUCCUGGGUGUGAGAACUCUCACUGUGAUUGUUAGCUUUGUCCACUUGACACAAUGUAGAGUCAUCUGGGAAGGAGUCACAGUAAAGAAUUUUCUAGAUUUGGUUGGCCUGUGGGCAGGCCUAUGAGAGUUUCUCAGUUGGGCCCAUCCUGAAUGUGGACAGCACCAUCUUGUGGGCUGGGCCUGACUGGCUGUAUAGGAGCGAGUCAGCCAAGCAUCAGCUUUCGUGUAUUAAUCCAUUGCUCUUACUGUUGAUUGUGGAUGUCGUGAGUCCAGCUGCUGUCACAUUCCUGCUGCCUGGACUGUCCCACAGUGACGGACUGUAUCCUGGAAUCCUGAGUUAA